AAAAAAUGAAAAAAUAAAAAUUUGAAGAUUUUUUAGUAGAGAAUUUAAGAAACUGAAAUUAUGUUAUGCUUUAGACGAGUUUUUAGACCUUUCUAUUGUUUUUCUUUGAAAAAAACGGCUUUUUUACGACAUAAUUCGUCCAUACAGAAGACAAUUGAUUCAAAAACAGAUCUUCUUCUUAGAAUUCUUUAUGAGUCUCCAGUUUGUCCGCCUAUUGAAUUUUCUGAGGAAGAACUUGAAAGACAUGAAGUAAUUCAUCGAGCUUGGCAAAUUCAUAAACGAAUAAAGAGAGAGGAACUUGAUAAACAACUUGAAAAGCAAUAUAACAAGAUGAAAAGAGCAUGUAUCGAACUAGAAAGAACAGAUAAGAGAUUAUUUAAGGCAGCCAUGAAAAAAAAGAAAUAUUAUUUUCCAGUAGAAAUGCGUAUACCGACAGAAACACCACCAGUAGAGAUCUGGAAAUAUAAUUGGGCAACUUGUUCAGAAGGAUCAAAAACGUGAUGUUUAAAUAGAUAGAAAUAUUAUGAAAAGAAUUUUAUGUUGUAGAUUUAAUGACUCGACCGAGUCCAUUUUUAAAAUCAUUUCGAAGGUUGCGAUUAGUUUUAACAUGUCCAGUGGAUUUAUCCUUAUUUGUUUGAGUUUGAAUGUUUCCUUUUAAGUUUUGUUUUUUUGAAACUUCAUUUCCUAUUGUCAUUGACUUUUGUUCUAAUAAUUUUUCAUUUUGAUCUAUAAAAGUUUGAAUUUUAUCAAUUAAAACUAAAGCUAAACC